CCUUUCCAUUGGUUCUGCAGAACUGAAAUUAAUUUCUCUAGACACUGCACGACAUUUCAGAAUCUUUUUUGGUACUCGUGCUUCAUGUUCAACGUCAGGUAUAGAUCUACAAUUAAAUAAUGCAAUAAAUUUAAUAAUUCACUUUUUUAAUACAAGAGGAUUUAAUUAUACAUUUAUUUAUAGGUUAUGAGAAUUCAGAUACUCACAAAUCUUCAUUGCCUUGCCAUAAAAUUUUUCCGCUAUCAGCAUCUCUCAAAUUCAUCCAAUUACUAUAAUUAAUUCAGUAAUUAAGGAAAAUAACAUUCUAAAAAGAGAAAUAUUAUGUUACGAAAAUACUGUUUUGACAGUAAUGUUAACCUAUAUAUCUUAACCUAUCUUCGUAGAGUUUGCCGAAUGCAGAUUAUUCGUAAAUACAUAUUAAUAAAAAGGAUACACUUGAAAGCCUUUGAGUAUGUCUUCACCUCGAGAUGGCAUAUUUAAAUAGAUAUGAUUAUAAAAUAAUUACAGUAUAUAUACAGAAAUACGAUACAAAAAGUUCAAACUUCCAUCAUACUUAAAAAUUGUAAACAUAACACUUUGCUAUAAAAAUUAAACAUGGAUGACAGAACGACUACUUUUAAAUCAGUUGGUACUACAGAUUACUUUUGUAUCCACUUAGAAAUAUCUUAGUUAUACAAUUAGAUAUUUUAUCGAUCUAUGUUUAAUAGAUAUCAGUUGUAUCGACGUACAUGUAACAAUUAUCUAUUUUAUCGAUGCUAACUCAUGGCGUUGAUCAUAUACGAAUCGUUUUACACACAUGUCAAAUAUAACAGUUCUAUCGACUUGACUAACCAAAUUAAAACACUUCAAAGAUUUACGAUAAUUCUUUAUAAUUUCUUUUGAAGGAAUCUAUUAUCAAAUAUGGCUAUGCUUGCAGAACCUCGACGAAAGCAAAAAUGGACGCUAAAUCCACGUGGAAAGGAUUGGUCUAAUGAUACAAAUAAAUUUGGACAAAGAAUGUUAGAAAAAAUGGGUUGGACAGCUGGUAAAGGUCUUGGUAUUAAUGAACAGGGUACGACACAACAUGUGAAAGUUAAAGUGAAAACUGAUACAGUUGGCAUUGGUUUUAAAAAUGAUCAAGAUAAGGCAUGGACAGAACAUCAAAAGGCAUUUGAUAGUUUUUUGAAUCUUCUACAAGAAAAUCAAGAUUCUGAAGUGAUCAAAAAAACAAAUACAGAAUAUUCUGUAGCCAAUACUCAAUCAUUAGAAUUGAAAUCUAAACAAAGUCGUGCACGUGUACAUUAUCAAAAAUUUACACGUGGAAAAGACGUAAAGAAAUACAGUGCAAAGGAUUUAGCUGAUAUACUUGGAGAUAAACAUAUUCUAAAUAAGGAAAGUAAAAUUGAAGGACUGCAGAAAGAUGAUCCAAACGUUACCAAUACUGCACACGUUGAAAAUAUUACAGGAAGUGCAAUUACUAUAAAUAGAGGCAGUAUUACUGAUUAUUUUAAAAAAAAGACUUCACAUUUUCUUAAAAAUAAAGAAAACAAUAAUAUGAGUUGUAUGGAUGUAUCUGACAAUGAAACUGAACAAUACAGAGGUUUUGGAUUUGUAUCCAAAAGUCCUAAUUGCAAACAAACUAAUAAGUCAAAAUUUAAAUCCAAUUAUACCUUUGAUAAUCCUGCUUUAGAUUUACAUAAUAGUGACGAUGUACCAAAAGAAAAUACGAAAUGCUUGAACAAGAGAAAAGGGGACUCUUCAAUUGAAAAUGAUAUGCAAAAUUUAGGUUAUGAAGAAAACUCUGCAAAAAAAAUAAAAAUUGAUGAUAAUGAUACAAACAGUAAGGAAGGUUUUAUAAAUAUGGCUCUUGAUUUAGAUACAGAUGUUAAUGAAAGUUGUGUAACUAAUAAAUUUGAAGUCCCAAGAGUAAAACUUGGUCUUACAAACGAUGCAUUAGACCUAACUGAUGAAAUUCACGAGAAAAAGCGAGUAACAUUUAAUAAUCACGUGGAAUACAGUACAGAUUCUAGUAAGAAAAAGAAACUUACUGGUACACUGGAUAAAUUUGAAGUUGAUUCUAAGAAACGUAAAAAGAAACAAAAACAAUUUGUUUAUACUAACCCUUCAAAUAAAAUUGGUUUCAUUAAUGAAGGAUUAGACAUUAAUUUAAUAUCUCAAGAAUUAAAAGAUAAUAAAGUAAAUGAGUGUAAAAGUAAAAGUAAAAAGAAAAAGAAGCAGGAACAACGGAGAAUAUCUAAUCUUGAAACAAUAGAAGAAACAUCAGAAGAAGCAAGUACAAACAAUGGUAGACAAGUUGAAAACUUGAAUAAAAAUUUAUAUGCAGAUUUAACUAAUGAAGAAUAUAUGUAUGAAGAAAAUAAUAUAAAAAAAAAGAAGAAAAAGAAUAAAAAUAAAAUACAUGAAAUCGUAACAGUGACCGAUGACAUUGAUGAUACAAUUAGUUACAUACCAGAAAACAUAAAUUAUUCGCAGAAAAAAGAAAAAAUCAAAAAGAAAAAGAAACAUAUAGCAAUGGAUGAUGAUGUUACUUAUGAAAAAAUUACAGAAAAGGCAAAAUGUAAAAAAAAAUUCACAGAGAAACAUAAAUAUGAAGAAAAUGUAAUUAAUAUACCAUUAGACAAAAAUGAAGAACAUUUAGUCAUUGAAGAAACUAUAGUUGAUGAUAAACCUACAGAAAAAUCAAAACAUAAACGGAAGCGUGAUAAAAAACGUCUAAAUAAAGAACUAAAAUGUGAAUUGGAAGAUAAGAACAAUGAAGAAGUACCUUGUGAAAAGGUACAAGAUAACGAUGAAGAAAUUAAAGUGAAAGCAAAUAUUAAACAUGAUAUAAUCAGUCAAAAAACUUUUGAUAAUAUAAAUAAAAACGAUAGAAUAAUCGUUGAAAAAAAUGUUAGCGAUAUGGAAAUGCAAUUACAGGAUGUGAAACAUUCGAAAAUAGAUCCUGAAGAAAACAUGACAGUAACAAAAGAUAUAUAUUUUCGUGGAGAAAACUCAAAGAUGUCUAAAAGGCUAUUGAAAUCAUUUUUUGAUUUAGAUUACAUAUUAGACUUUCCAGGUUCUAAUAUAAAGAAAAUAAAAGGUUAUGGUGCAGAUAUAUUUUAAUAAUUUAUGAUUAGAUUGUUCACUAUUAGACAGUUAUAGUGAUGAUAUAAUUUAUUUGUAUUGUGAAAUAUAUAUUACAUUUGUAAAAUG